AUGGCGCCCUCGAAGAAGAAAAUUCAUGUUCCCAUCAACGGGAAUCGCACGGACAAACUUCGACAAGCUGCCAAUUCUGGUCUAUAUACUGAAAUGCUCUCCCGGUUGCGAGCUGGACAACGGGCAGCCACACGAGGCGAAGCUGAAAGAUCGGAACAGGCCGCAUUCCAACAAGAGGACAUUCUCCAGCAGCCGUAUGACGACAUGAACAUCGACAUACCACCAAAUGAAGACCAGGAGCAGGCGGACUCGGCCGAAGUAGAUGCAGACACCCAAGCUGAAUGGGUUACUUUGGCUCCCGAUAUUACAAAUCCGAUAGAUGAAGUCAUUCAAUCCAGGAUAGAGCAACAUCGACGAGAGGCCAGAAAUUUCAACAUGGCCUCAGUGAUGCGAGCCCUCCAUCCAACUUACAUCGCAUUGAAACUUCGAACAGAGAAUUGGGCAGGUGCAGAGGCUGCCAAAUCGUUUGUCAACUGCAGAUGCCUCCCGCACACCCUUACCAAGCGAACAGUUGAUAUGGUUGACAUAGUAGGGCAACACCGGCGAAAAAUGGCCUUCUGUGGGUGCACCCAUGAUGCUGUCCGACUUCUCCAGCAGUGGUACCUCGCGGGAUCCCCAAUGCAACCCCAAACGGCUUUCUCCAUGCGACUCAUGAUCUUCCACAACGAUUUGUGGAAUCACUGUCAUGUCGGCACUCUUCCGUUUACAUCAGCUCUCAGGCAAUGGCUCGAGCCAAGGUCUGAGCGUCUGUUUGCUAAGAACAGUAGGCAUGCACGGGACCUCCGAAAGCCAUUUACUGCGGCGGUCGAUAUGUUUCGUAAACUGAAUGAUAUGACCGACUCGCUUGUGAUGCAGGCGCUCAAGCUCACUGAACAAGAAAAAUUGGCCGGUCUAUCAUGUCCAGCGUGUUUUGGGCCACAGCCACCAAAUCCCGAUCAAUACCCUGAAUCAACCCGAGACCGAUUGAUCAUUUGUUUGGACGGGAAUUUUCAACACCGUCACCACCUCAAAGCCAGCCGCGACGAAACAAUUCAGAGCCCUCGGAUAUUCCUUGAACAGCGGGAAGUAGAAGACAUGAGUGCCCAUAUCAGAGCCAAGGAACUCGAAAACAAGCCCCCGGCAUCGGCCGACCGAUGUGCAGAUGCACAUAAAGCAGCUGAUGAUAAAAGAAAUGAAUCAACCUGGAAAGGAUGCGACGACACCGGUUUGAUGGGAUGCUGCUGCCGCCACGAUGCGGCCGUAUACCUUGAAAAUAUACACAAGUCCGGCGAGCAGAGAAACCUUCCGUGUGCACUGAUCAAUAGGGUAUUAGGUGUCGUUGAGCCGACUCGGAAACUGGGCAUCUUAUACGACAUUGGAUGCUCUCUCGACAAAUUUAUCAGAUUGCGAGGACUAUUUCAGUCAGACCGAACUCGAUUUCAGUUUGCUACUUCGAUCUUCCAUGCCUACGUACAUAAUUGGCUAUGUCAACUGGACUAUAACCCACGAUACAAUAAGGGGUGGGGCCUCUCCGACGGAGAGGGAUUGGAACGAAUGUGGUCAUAUUUAUCACCACUUGUCAGUCCAUUACGGUACGCAACUCGCAACCACCGAUUGGCAGCAAUAGCGCAUCGAUUGAAAUUUCACAAUCAUAGGGGAAUAACCCGACUAGCUUUCUGGUUGCGGAGGAAGUUCGGGAACGCUGUUACACGUCGGCGGGAAGCCCGAGCCGAACUGGCAGGCCUACUUGACACGAAAAACCCUCAUUCUGAGCAAGGGGUGAACUAUACCAAAGGGUUUUUCAUGCGGCAGUGGAAGAAUCAGUGUCAAUUUCAGAAGGAUCACACCGAGGACGAACACGAUCGAAGAACGAAGCUGGUUAAGCUAUACAAGCAGGAGGGUGUCCUUGAGCUACUAAGGAAUCGACUAAUGGGGCCGGAAGUGUUCCUGGCGACUGAAGACCAGGUAGAGGAGCUACUGAAUAACAUUUCCGAGAAAACCAAAGAGUUGAAGAAGCUUGCCGAGGAGCUGCAUAUCACAAAUUCCACUAGCCAAGGAACAGAUAGAAAUGAGGAGGAGAGGCUGCUGUUGCUGCUAUGGGAUGCCAAGUCCGAACUUUUUAUUCAUGCAGUCAACCGACACGCGGAACUACAGCCAGUGGUGAAUUCUAAAACAAUGGGCACAAGAUUGGGAACGAAGUUGAAAGAGAAGAUUUUCAAGGCCAUCGGAAAUCGCCGCCCAGCAGUUAACCGAAGUAUAGCCCAAUUCAACAAAUGCCACUCGGAUUUUGUUGCCAGAUUCCCAGAUCAAUCAGUAUCGGGCUUCCAGGGGCAAUUAACGUACGAUUUGUUUUCCGAGUUGCCAUUGGAUGACAAGUUCUGGAAUGAUGGGCUAUACUUCCACUCAAAAGCCCCUUGGGCCGUCGAUCCAGAUGUUCGAGCAGGUAUCACCUGUGUCUUGGUCCUGAGCAGGAUUCAAGAGGAAUUCCAGCUCAUUGCCCAAGAGUUAGCUCGGGUUGUUGGUUGGGCAAUAGCACAUCAUGCGCAACUGGUUGAGUUUAUUGUUUACUUGCAAAGGCGAUACAAUCUGCUAGACCGAAAGGAUGAAAACGGACACCGGAUUAGUGGCGCGGAGGAAGAGCGACUUGUUCCACUUGAUCACAUUGACGAAAUGUAUCUAGGUGGAAUAAGCAGAAGGCAAAAAUUCAAGAUGAUCGAGCGAGAGUUACGUACACGUCUCGACGAACACGAAGCCCUUGUUGAAGACUGGUCGGAAGAUGUCAUUUGGCUCUGGAGUAUGUGCCAGCCAAUACCAAACAAACCGUACAUCAAACAGUGGCAUGAAUUAAUCAGCCGAAUCCGGACUAGGAAAACAAGAAGUGAGACUGGCGGUGGGAUUGAUGAGACUUUGGAGGAUACUGUCAUUGAAGUGGGUGCGCUGGAUGGCGACGGCGAAGAUGCUAGUGAUGAAUGGAUAAAUGAGGCUCAGUGA